CUUACUUCUCACCAGUCACUACCCCAUCUCCCAAACCAAACUCAAAACAUGUCUUCAUCUUUCAAGCCCUUGCUGGCUUUGCUCCUUGGUGUGGUGCUUCUCACCACCACCAUUGUCGAUGCCGAUCACCCCCAGCACCCUAAAGAUCAUGGCCACAAGCCACCCCACAAGCACCACCCGGGGAGGCUUCUACUCGAGUAUGAGGAAGAUGAUCCCAAGCCAAUCCCCGAACACAAACCGGAUCCGGAACAUGACAAGCCUCCAUAUGGUGGCCACCACCCCGGUCACAUUCUUGUAGAAGAGGUUGAAGAUGGCCGCAAGCCAAUCCCAGAGCACAAGCCGCUGAAACAUGAGGUGAAGCCGGGAAAAGGUAAGGGAGAGAAGCCACCACCGGAGCACAAACCACCACAUGGUCACAUCUUUGCCGAGGAGGUCGAGGAGAAGGACAGGCGCAAGGGCGAGAAGCCUCCCCCUAAGCACAAGCCCCCACAUGGUCACAAUCUUGCUGAGGAGGUCGAGGAGAUGGACAAGCGCAAGGGUGAAAAGCCUCCACCAAAACACAAGCCCCCACACGGUCACAAUCUUGCUGAAGAGGUCAAGGAGAUGGACAAGCACAAGGGGGAGAAGCCACCACCGAAGCACAAGCCCCCACAUGGUCACUUACUUGCCGAGGAGGUAGAGGAGAUGGACAAACGCAAAGGCGAGAAGCCACCACCGAAGCACAAGCCCCCACGUGGUCACAACCUAGCUGAGGAGGUCGAGGCGAUGGAUGAGCACAAGGGUGAGAAGCCACCACCAAAACACAAGCCUCCACACGGUCACAACCUUGCUGAGGAGGUUGAGGAGAUGGACAAACGCAAGGGUGAGAAGCCUCCACCAAAGCACAAGCCACCACAUGGUCACAUGCUUGCCGAGGAGGUUGAGGAGAUGGACAAUCGCAAGGGUGAGAAGCCACCACCAAAGCACAAGCCUCCACAUGGUCACAACCUUGCUGAGGAGGUCGACGAGGUUGACAAUCGUAAGGGUGAGAAGCCUCCGCCUAAGCACAAGCCCCCACAUGGUCACAUGUUGGCUGAGGAGGCUGAGGAGUUGGACAAGCGCAAGGGUGAGAAGCCAUCACCAAAGCACAAGCCUCCACAUGGUCACAACCUUGCCGAGGAGGUCGAGCAUAUGGACAAGCCCAAGGGUAAGGGCGAGAAGCCUCCGCCAAAGCACAAGCCACGACAUGGUCACCUCCUCGCAGAAGAAGUUGAAGAUGCAUACAAGCCCCCUCGCAAAUUGAAGCCACCAACCCCUGAAAUGAAGCCAAAGGGUCCUCCUCACAAACCCCCCCCACAAACCUCCAACUGACAAUUGAACAACGCCUCUCAGUCGAUCAUUAUAUCACAUAGAAUAAAGAGCCGAUCGGCCCUUAGAUCGUGGAGAGUUGUUUGGGUUUUCCAGUCGUUGUUGGCUUAGUUUCACAUCAUCCGAAUCGCUCAUAUGCUGUUGUUCUACCACUUGGUUGUUGAGUCUUGUAUAUUAUGGAGACCGGGUAAUCACCUAUAGUUAUUAUCUUAUGUGAUGAGCUUUUACCUCCUAA